AUUAACACGGUUGGAUACCGACUCAAUCAUCUAGAGGUUAAGCGUCAUCGUGUGAUACCGAUACGUCCCGGGUUUGACUCCCGCUAAGCGGGAUCAUAGAUGUACAUCGCUGAAAAGUUCCACAAUAGAACGAAAUGGCUUCCAGGUUUUCCAUGGUGGUCUAGCUUCAAUUGACUCAUGAUCUCAACUAUCAGAUUAAAAAUCUUUUGAAGAUUUAUAAUAUGUCAAUUAUUUUAACCUAUAACAGACGGUUGUAUUCAAUAAAUUCUACGGAUGGGAUAUACAUUGACAGUGAUAUUGAUAUAUAUAAUAAUAGAAAUUGAUGGAUUCCCUGUUGACACUUCAGAAGAAUAUUCAAAAAAUUUACUCUUACGACAACUCUUAAACUUUCAACUACCAAAAGAUUCAAAUUUUCAUUAUAUCAGUAGUUUAUCACCAACUGCAUGGAAUCCAACAUGGUCUGCUUUAUUAUGGUCAACAUGGUCCGCAUGGGAAAGAUGUACACAGAAUAAACAUUGUACAAAUCACUAUCAUAAUAAUAAUAAUAAUGAUAAUAAUAAAUCGAAAAUUAUUGAGAAUCUGUUAUUUCGAACACGAAUAUGUCAAUUUCAGUCAAUCAAUGAACAAUUGUUAUGGUCACAAGCAAUGAUUAAAGGUGUUAAUUUAUCUGAUGAUUUAUCUACUUGCUCAGAAGAAGGUUUGAUUCAAACUGAUGUCAAACAUUGUCAGAAUUUGCUUCAAUGCACCUACAAAACUUCAUCCAAAAAUCAUUCCUUCCAUUCAUUGUCAAAAUCAAAUGUUAAAAGCUUUCCUUCUAAAUGUGGAGAAAAUGGAUGUGAUUUCACAGAUACUACUGAAAAUAAAAUCAACAUGGAAGAUGAUCGGACCACGGAAAGACAUUCAGAACGCAGUGAAAUUUGGGGACCAUGGACAGCAUUGCAACAGUGCUCAGCAAUUAUUCCUACAAUUGAUGAACUACCAGAAGAAUAUCCCUGGGAAUUAAUGCUCAAUUUAACUCGGGCACCAGCUGGUAGAAGAUGUGAACCAGGAUUACAACUCCAAAUCCGAAAGUUAUUAAAUGAAUCUAAUUCCAUAAAAGAGUACGAAAAUCCUCAAAAUGAACAGAAGUUACCACUAGCAUCAACAACGAUAACAACAACAACAACCAUAAGUGAAACACGUAAAAUCCACUGUUGGAUAAAUGAAGCAUGUCAUACAUCCGACGUGAAAGUUGAACCACCAACUACAUGCUUUUUUCAAGCUAUACAUCGUAGUCCAUCUGCACAAGUUAAAUGGCGUCGAACACCAUAUGGUCGUAUACCAUCUCAUUUUGAAGUACAUGUUUUAGAUCUUAUAAAUUCUGUUCAUUAUCGAAAAUCUGAACUUUAUAUUGAAGAAGUUAAAUUAAACAAAUUAGAUCCAUGGGGAGAAAAUUAUGUUGUAGAAAUAUUUGGUCUAAAAAUUGGUCAACCAUAUGAAAUUAGUAUUGCAUCUGCUGAUGAAAUGAGUAAUUUAUAUUUUUCAAAAUCUUGUGAAGCAGUAGUAAUUAUUGGAGCCGGUGAUGGUUCAUGGUCGAGAUGGUCAAAUUGGAGUAACUGUAAUUCAAAAUGUGCAUCGAAAUUGGGCACACGUAGUCGAUAUAGAAAAUGCAACUCACCAGCACCUAGAAAUGGUGGUCGUGUAUGCCCUGGUUCAGAACAAAUGAACUUUGAAUGCUUUGGGACUAAUAUCAAUUGCUAAAUAAAGAUUAACUUUACUUUUUUCUAAUUCU